AUGCCAGAACGCGUCGAAAGGGCCGUCGAGGUCCUGACGCCAGAGUUUUACGACGAUGCGGUCUUCAAGUACCUGCUGUGCCACCUCACCAAUGAGAAGGAGCGGAACAAGCUCCUGCAUGGGCUUAUGCGGGUGCUGGUCAAGGUCGCGGUGCUCGAGCAUGGCGCCGUGCUCGAGGUCAGCAACUGGGGCGCUGCCGCGGUUCUUUGUCCUCCAGGGACAAAGUUGGACAGCCCUGUGUCGCUCGUGCGGGCAAAGGCAGUUCCUUUCAUGCUUAAGAUCGGCGCGAAGAAUAUUCCCAGAUUAUUCACCCAACCUGAAGCGGCGGAAAAAUUCAAGCAGACUGUCCUCACACGGGAGGAGAAGAAGCGAGUGUGGUACUGCUUCAUCAUUGCGACCGCGAGCGAUCGGCGGAGGCAAGGCCUGGCAAGUAAGCUCCUGCAGGAGAUGCAGCGUCUUGCCGUGGCCGACGGCAACCGAUGCCUGUGGCUCGAGGCCUCGAGUGCGGCGGCCAGAAAGACGUACGAAAAACAAGGAUUCGUAGCGGUAGGGGAGAUGAAGUUUGGACAAGGGCUGGUCGACGGGAAGGGCGACUUGGACAAGCACGGCGAGGGUGUUGUCUCCUGGCCGAUGGUGUGGAGACCACCGAAAGUGGCACUGUCGGCUUGA